CCCAUAAGUUAGUAACAUUGAACGCUGUCGUUGCUGUCGUGUCGUGUCUUGUUCUUCUUCUUGUUAACAGAAAAAAAGAAAGAAUUAAGUGAAAAUUUGAUAGGGGAGCUUUGGAUAAAUUUAUUGGAAUUUGUACUUUUAAUUAAAAUAUACUCCAUUAGCUUAGUUUAACAUAGCAGCAGCAGAGCCGCAGCAUUUCAACAAUUUAAUAUCACUUAAUUCCCUUCUUCCCCGCAUAUUAGAAGCAUAUUAAAACAAAAUGUUCAUUUGGGAUUGGUUUACCGGUGUUUUAGGAUAUUUGGGUCUAUGGAAAAAAUCGGGUAAAUUAUUGUUCCUUGGUUUGGAUAACGCUGGUAAAACCACAUUGUUGCACAUGCUCAAAGAUGAUAAAUUAGCCCAACAUGUACCAACAUUACAUCCCACAUCGGAAGAAUUGUCCAUUGGCAAUAUGCGCUUCACCACCUUCGAUUUGGGUGGUCACACUCAAGCCCGUAGAGUGUGGAAGGACUAUUUCCCCGCUGUGGAUGCCAUUGUAUUCUUAAUCGAUGCCUGGGAUCGUGGCCGUUUCCAAGAAAGCAAAAACGAAUUGGACUCUCUGCUCACAGAUGAGGCUUUGUCAAAUUGUCCUGUGCUUAUUUUGGGAAACAAAAUCGACAAACCAGGUGCUGCCAGUGAAGAUGAGUUAAGAAAUGUGUUUGGUCUCUAUCAAUUAACCACUGGCAAGGGCAAAGUUGCACGUUCCGAUUUGCCUGGUCGUCCCUUGGAGUUGUUCAUGUGCUCUGUGCUGAAGAGACAAGGUUAUGGUGAAGGUUUCCGUUGGUUAGCGCAGUAUAUUGAUUAAGUUCGGUUCGGUUGGUCGGUGGUAUUUCGUUUCGUUACGGAGUGGCAAAUAGCCAAAAAACAAAACAAACAAACAAACAAAAAGAAAUAAUAAUUUGUACAUCAAUUAAGUAUAACAAAAAAACAUUCAAUAUUCGUAAACUGCAGCAGCCAUUGUUUUCCUCCUACUCCACCCUGUCACACACACACACUUACAUACAUACACACAUUCUUUUUACAUUCACAACAAAACAGCAACAACAAAAUUCAUUCGCCACAGUAUAAAAAACAAUUUCAAGAACAACAACAACAAUAAAAGAAAACGUAAAAAACAAACUGCAACAACAAUAAAACAACCAUAAUAAUAUAUUUUAAUUUAAACUCAGUGGGGAAGAAAGGCGCAAUUUUUUUUUACAUUAUUCAAGAACAAUAAAUACCAUCUAUAUGCCGGAAGAAAUUUAACAACAAAUAGAAUUCAAACAAAUUUACAAAUUUAAGACUUCUUUGCCAUUUCUUUAGUUUGUUUUAUUUCCAUACAGAAGAAAAAAAAUCAAUCAACACAUACACACAAAAAAUGUAUUCCAUUUAUUCUUUAAUUUUCUUGUGAUUAUUAUUUAGUUUGGAUUUGAUAUCCAUCCAUGCUCUAGAGGAUUUCUUUUUUGUCGAACAUAUUUAAUUGUAGUUCUCAAAUUAUUUAAUUUGUUUUCUCCAUUAAAGAGCUUUAUUAAAACUUAUGAGAAAAAGAAAAAUGGAAUUUCUUUUUCUCAUAAGUUUUAAUAAACAUAAUUUUAAUUAGCGUAAAUUUUAUUUGGUCUUGUGUAAAACAUUUCGAUUUUCUGUGCAAAAAAUACAAAACAACAUCAACAACAAAAAAAACCUAAAUAAAUACAAAAAAACUCCUUUUUAAUAA